AUGGACAGUCUGUUAGAACAUAGAUACCGCAUCGGCGUUGAUGUUGGUGGAACAAACACCGAUGCGGUGCUCAUUGCCCUCGAUUCUAUGAACAUUAUUACGUCGCACAAAUCACCCACAACCCCCGAUGUCACGACCGGUAUUACCAAUGCUGUUCGUAGGGUUAUAGAUGCAGCAAAUGUCUCUCUCUCCUCUAUCAGCUGCGUCAUUAUUGGCACUACACACUUCGUUAAUGCUAUCGUACAGCGAUCUGAAUCGCUCCGUCGCGUGGCCGUUAUAAGACUUUGUGGUGGACCAGAAGAUGGCUUCGGGCGCGGUAUUCCCCCUUUUAUUGAUUUCCCCCUGGAUCUGCGCGCUUGCAUUGAGUCUUCAUCACACUACUUCUGUCAUGGCGGGUAUCAGAUCUCAGGUGAUGAGAUUAGCGCGGUUGAUGUAGAAGAAAUAUGUCGCAUUGCCAUCAAGAUUAUCGAGGAUGGCAUCGAGAACGUCGUCGUAUCCGGCAUGUAUGCGCCUCUCAACCACAAACAAGAAGUCGCGGUCAGAGAUACGCUAUUGCAAACACUGAGAAAGCAGAACAAACCAGGUUUCAAGCCACGAAUCACCAUGUCCCACGAAAUAUCAGGUCUCGGCUUUCUCGCCCGUGAAAACGCAGCAAUUCUAAACGCGACGUUACGCCCGCUUGCAGAGAAGACAAUCUAUGGCUUUAGAAGAGCGAUGCAAGAAAUCUUCCAAGGGAGUCCAUACACACUCUACCUGACACAGAACGACGGCAGUGUCCUGAGUGCAGAGGAGGCCAUUGGUCGACCGAUCCGGACGUUUAACUCCGGUCCAACAAAUUCCAUCCGAGGAGGUGAAUUCCUCUGGCGUGCUGCUGGGAAGGCUAACGGGAAAGAACAGCAAAAUCGUACCGAUCCGCUUGUUGUCAUAGAUAUUGGAGGCACUACAUCAGAUAGUGGACUCCUAUUAUCCAACGGCCUUCCUCAAAUGAGUUCCAUCGCGGGCCUGGUUGGUGGCGUCCUUACGAACUUUGCGCUUCCGGCUGUGGAGAGUAUUGGGCUAGGUGGAGGAAGUAUUGUUCGAGAAACAGAUGGCGAGUUAACUAUUGGACCCGAUAGUGUUGCAUUGGAGCUCCUGCAAAAGGCAAAGCUCUUUGGUGGGGAGUACUUAACAUCAACGGAUAUCGUUGCUGCAUCCAAUAUCUACACACCAACAGAACAUAACCCCUUUCGCGGAAUGGGAGAUCCAUCUCGACUGAGAAGUAUUACACAAGAUACCGUUUCACGAGCGGAAGAAGUGAUGCGGCAAAUGAUCGCGGACCUGGUAGACAGAACCAAAACCCAGAAAGGAGAUGUCGAUGUCUUGAUUGUCGGUGGAGGGGCUUCGAUCAUCAAAACGGAUAAGCCACUGGCAGGAGUGCGCAGCUUGAGGACUGUUAAAGGCGCGGCGGUUGCGAACGCUGUUGGAGCUGCGAUCUCACGGGUAUCUGGUAUCAUUGAUACUGUAGUAGAUACGUCGAAUCAGACUAUCAAGGAAGCUCAGAAAGCUGUGUCAUGGGCAGCAGUAGAGAAGGCUGUGGCGAAUGGUGCAAAGCCGGACACAGUUAACAUUGCAGAAAUAACCAUGCUUCCUAUUCAGUAUGUAGAGGCGAAAGCUCGAAUUGUCGUUCGCGCAGUGGGGGAAUUGGCGAUUGUGUCUCAAGGAGUGGUUGACGCUGACACACUGGAUGUUGUUGAGGCAGAAGAGGAUCUUUCAACCACGAAACCAACCAACUCUCCACGUCCUAUAUCGGUUGAAAAGCCUGUCGAUUUUCAAACUUACCGUCCCGUAAUCAAGGAUGGCGAGUGGAUCAUCUCACCCACCGACCUCGACUUCAUCUCCCAAGGUUGCAAAAUUCUCGGUUGUGGUGGAGGCGGAGAUCCGUACCAGGAGUACCUAAAGGUCAGCGCUAUAGUACGAGGCAAUCCCGGCACAGUCAAGGUUAUCUCACCUUCCUAUCUCCCAGAAGAUGCCCUAGUGGGUUGGACAGGAUGCAUGGGCAGUCCAGAAGUGAGCAUGGAGCGUCUAGAGAACGAUGAAUGCCAUAAGGCACAUGAAGAGCUUAUGCGCGUGACCGGCAGUCUCGCCGUGUCCGGACUCGUGGCUCUAGAGAUUGGCGGUGGUAAUGGUGUCGUCAACCUCGGCGUCGCGGCACGAUUAGGGGUUCCUUGCAUCGAUGCCGACUAUAUGGGUCGCGCUUAUCCUACUGUCUGGCAGGUAACUCCGAAUGUUUACGGUACGUCUCGUGGAGAGGCAUUGGUACCCAUGACAAUUGCCAGUGGAGACGGAUCCGUCGUGACGAUGACGACGUCGAGGACAGAUAUGUUGGUAGAUAAGAUCCUGAGAGCUUCCUGCGUGGAGAUGGGUUGUCGUGCAGGAAGCGCUGGGCCCCCGAAGACUUCGAAAACUGUCCGCGAACAAGCCAUUACCAAUAGCGUCUCUCUCGCAUGGUGGAUCGGACGAGCUAUUGCUCUGGAAAAGACCAUCGCCGAUAGGGCGAAGCGAAUCAUAGAUGAGUUGGGUGGGCCCGAGAGCGCAGCGAUUCUAGGAGAAGGAAAAAUCACCAAUGUUGAACGUGUGCUCAAGACGGGACAUACUUAUGGUGUGCUGGAAGUAGAAGGAAAGCUGGAGGACGGUACAAAAGCACUCCUGAGAGUACCGUUCAAGAAUGAGAAUGCCUUUGUGGAGGCCGUUUUUUCCAACAGCGAUUCCAAGAUUCUAGCCUCAGUACCUGACCUAAUUGCUGUUCUUGACGCUGAAACGGGAGCUGGGCUGGGCACGCCGGAGUACAAGUACGGGCUGAAGGUGAUGAUUAUUGCUAUUGCUGCCUCUCCGCGGUGGACAGAUACACCUCGGGGUAUGGCGUUAGGAGGCCCUGGGUCCAUGGGAUUCGAAGACAUUGAAUACGUGCCGAUUGGGAAAUAUAGCAAACCUAGAAGCGUUAUUGAUGUUUUUGCUAUAUGA